AUGAAAGCCUACCUCAAUGCUGAGCUACGAAUUUGUUCCGGUGGGUGCGGUAAUAGGAGAGAGGAUGCCUUUUCUCCGGAUACACUUUUGAGCCGUGUGAGGUGGCUAAACUUUGUGCGUGGUGAGGAGAUUAAGACCGACAACUGUCUGUGGUUCGACCGCACAUCGCUUACGGAUUUCAUAGUCACAGUGCACACGGACAAUCAAGUUGAGCGUCCACUUCGCCACCGCUUCACGCUAGAAAUCAAGAAAACCCAUGUUGAACGUGCGCGUUUGCCAAUUCCUAUAAAUUUUUGGCGUUCUUAUGUCCUUACCGACCCCAGCGACACUUUCAGAGCAAUUUUGGAGUUUGAGGGGAUGACAUAUGAACUACAAAUAGUUCAAGGGCAUGGAAAGGUUUUGAUGCAAAAUUUGGAUGCGGAGGAAUUUGUGGAGGCUACUAAAAUGGUUGAAGGCUCAACUUUGUGCUUCACAUUAGUUCCGUAUUAUUCUGUUCGUUUUGAGACCGUCUAUCUUGACGAGGACGAUCGUGAGGAAGCACUUGAGUUUUGGCCAUUAGCAGACCAUUAUUAUAGCAACAAUCCUGAGCCUCUAUGGGAAACCUUGAAGAUAAUUUUUGAACCACUAGGGUUUGACCCAUAUCUGGUGAAACGAGGGCGAGAUAUGAACGUAACCAUCGCAAGCUUGACCAAGUUAUUCGCGACUACUGGGCCGAAGAAAGACGUAUGGCAACACAAAGAAGAAGGAGAGGAAAUUGAGAUUGUGGCCUACCACGUCAUGGAAAUGCAAGCCCUUUUUUUUUUAAAUGUGCUCAGCAAAUGCCGACAACAACCUGACAUGAAGUGUGAAAAUGGGGGAAGGCACGUGGACCAAGUAGAAGCCCAUCCAGACCUAAUGGACGAUACAGGAAGGAGGUGGAAUAGGCAGCUGAUUUUGGAAUGCUUUCAACCCAAGGAAGCUGAUGCCAUACUGCAAAUUUUUGGAAUGGACCCACAUAGACCUGACAGACUCAGAUGGAUGUGGAGCAAAAAUGGGAACUUCUCUAUUGCAUCUGUUUAUGCCAAACUUGUCAACCAGAAAUGGAGUCUCUUUGAUAAACCUGAAGGAAGUACCAACCAUACAGAGCUUAGGAGUGCAAGAAGGAGGUUAUGGAAACUCAAAGUCAAAGAUAAACUGAAGCACUUCAUUUGGAAGUGCAUCAACAACAUCUUGCCGGUCAUGUGCAACUUAUCUACCAGAAACAUCCGAGUGGACCAGUUUUCUCCUAUCUCAUGGGAUGGAUUAGAAGAUCACAUGGAUUCCUUUAAAGCCUGGUGGACGAAGCUAUGCUCACUCCCUCACACCUCAGUUUCUGAAAGCAGGAUACAAUUGUCCACAUACCUCUUAUGGUGGAUGUGGAAGACACGCAACCUAUGGGUCUUUGAACAGACUUUAAGGCCUGCUAAAGCCACGGUAGAAAUUGCUCUUAGUGACUGGUCCGAAUUUGUUAAUGUUUGCUCUUAA